AUGCCCUUCCUUCAUGCCCGGCAGGUCCAGCAAAUGGCGGACAAGAACCAUCCCAACAUUGUGCGGCUGCUUGGGUUUGCAGUGGGGGGAGACAUGAGGACGCGGCCAGAGCAGGUUCUCAUCUACGAGUUUGUACCUAACGGUGACCUCGAGGAGUGGCUGGAUCCAACAAAGGCACCCUUCACUUUGACCCUGCCGCAGCGGCUGGGCAUCCUAAUUGGGGCAGCGCGGGGCUUGGAGUAUCUCCACAGCUUUGACUUCGUGCAUCGCGACAUCAAACCCGCCAACAUCCUCAUCACUGCUGACAUGCAGGCCAAGCUAGCAGAUUUUGGAUUGGUGAGAGUGGGAGAGGGCACGACAGUGGGUUCUACGCGAGUAAUGAGAACACCGGGCUAUGUGGAGGAGUGCCUGUCAAAGGGGGAUUUGACGGGUCUGAAGAGCCCCGGUAUGGACGCCCCAGCGGAGGUGUUGCUGCACCUCACUCAGCUGGCAAUCAGUUGCACGGUGGCACGCACGGCAAACCGCCCGACAAUGGGAGAUGUUGCCAAUGAGCUGCAAGCAGUCAGGAAUGAAGUUGGGGGAAAGGAGGAGGUGCGUCCGGCAGUGAAAGUGGAUGCGGAGGAUGAGGAGAGGAUGGGUGCAAACAACAUACACCUAAGCUUGGAUGAAGAAUUAGACCUCAUUCAAGCUGUUGUGUGA